AUGUCAGAGAAAGUGCCAGGGAAGGUGAUUUACAUAGGGUCCAUCCCAUAUGACCAGACAGAGGAACAGGUGCUAGACAUUGCAAAAUCAAUCGGCCCUGUUGUGAACUUGAAAAUGAUGUUUGACAAAGAAACAGGAAAAUCCAAAGGUUUCGCUUUCGUUGAGUAUAAAGAUGUUGAGACCGCAUCCUCUGCUGUUAGAAACUUGAACAACUACUCAAUUGGUAAUAGAUCUUUAAAAUGUGACUUCUCAAAUGAAAACUCUCUGUCAGGAAGUAAUGGAACUGGAAACAACUCUGGAAAGGGAAAUAAUAGAUCUGAAGAUACAUUACCACCAUUGCCUCCAGGAAGAUCGUUGAGACCAGGUGAAUCAUAUUCAGAUGCAAUUUCUCAAACACUUCAGUCUCUUGACCCAACACGCUUGAACAAUUUGAUAAGGGAUGUCAAACAAAUGUCACAGAAGAAUCCGAUUUUAAUGGAAGAGUUAUUAGCACAAUGCCCUCAACUAUCUUAUGCUUUAGUUGAAACCCUUUUGAUUACACAGAAAGCUAGUCCAGAAGACAUUACACAGAUUUUAUUAGGAAGUGCAAUACAAGAAAACCAAACCAAUGGAGAUGUGCCACAAGUACAAGAAGAAGAACAAAUAGACGAAGAGAAACUUGCUCUAAUUAAACAAGUUUUAGAGAUCUCAGAUCAAGAGCUUGCACAACUUCCCGAAGACCAGCGAGCUUCUAUCCUUCAAAUUAAGGAGAAUGCACAAAACGGGGUAUAUGGUGGCUUGAUAUAG